AUGUCGCUCCUCCUCGUCGUCGUCGUCCUCACCGUCGCUACCAACCUGUUAAGCACGAUCGGGGCACCCGCGAUCAACGCCGUCCUAUGGAAAUUGUACACAGCUUUGCACCGCACGUCUCCCGUCGCCGCCGCGAUCCCCAAAGCCGCCGCCGUGCGGCAAGAAGUGCUAAAACUCAAGACCGAGCUUGCCGCCACGAGCAGCCAGGACGAGUUCGCGCGGUGGGCAAAGGUGCGCCGCACACACGACAAAAAGGUCGUCGAGCUCGAGAGCAUCAACGCCUCAAUCGCAACUUACCGCGCAACGUUCGACUCGCGCGCGCGCAGCGCGCGCUGGCUGCUGACGACGGGCCUGCGCCUGUUCCUGCAGUUCUGGUACUCGAAGUCGCCGAUGUUCUGGCUGCCGCAAGGUUGGGUGCCCGGCGUGGUCGAGCGUGGCCUCUCGUUCCCCCGCGCGCCAAGGGGCAGCGUCAGUAUUCAGGUGUGGAGCUUUGCCGUGGGACAGGUCGUUACCGUGAUCAUGCUGGUAUUGGUCUGGGCGUGGGCGCAGGUGGUCGCGUUGAGGAGGAAAAAGGCGGUGCCGGCGAUGGGGGUGGGGAUGCAGGCGGAGAAGAAGAAGGCGUGA